UUGAUCACUGCGAAACCGAAUUCGAAGCAUCGGUCUAUCGCCAAUUCGCCACACGGUCCACACCGAGAGGUAAGAGAGAAAAAGAGAAAUCGCGGGCGUUGAUUUUCUUAAAGGAUAGCACAAGUAGACUAAUUGUUUGACUAAAUGCUUCAAUGAGAGAAGAAGCGAGAUGAGUAAGAGGCCACCGCCAGACCCGGUGUCAGUUCUAAGGGGCCACCGUGCUUCGGUGACGGAUGUUUGCUUUCAUCCAUCUAAAAGUCUACUAUUCACUGGUUCUGCUGAUGGUGAAUUGCGCAUCUGGAAUACGGUGCAGCAUCGAACAAUUUCGUCUGCCUGGGUACAUAGUGCCCCCCAUGGGAUAACCUGCGUUGCGGCUAGUCCUCUGAUUGGAGACAACAAAAUUAUCAGCCAAAGCAGGGAUGGAACUGUUAAAUGCUGGGACUUUGGAGAUGGUGGUUUGUCCAGGACUCCUUUAAUUACAGCAAAUACAAACUCUCAUCACUUUUGUAAGCUUUCAUUAGUGAAGAGGCCAAAGGGAGCUCCAUACAUCAACCAAGAUGUGGGAAGCGGGGAAAUUACUGAUAAUAGGCAGGGAGAUGAUGAAGGACUGAGAUACUUUGCCAUACCAGAUAAAUUAUCGCAUAAGGUUGAGAUUUGGGAUCUCAAUAAUGCAGAAAGGUUUAUAGAACUGCCUCAUAGCUCUGGUGCUUCCUUGAAUCACUCUCCGAAUCCAAGAGGAUUGUGCAUGUCAGUUCAAGCAUUUUUAUCUCCUGAAUCCCAGGGUUUCCUAAAUGUUUUGUCUGGAUAUGAGGACGGAUCCAUGCUUUGGUGGGAUGUGAGGAAUCCUGGUGUCCCACUGACUUCUGUGAAGUUUCAUUCGGAACCAGUUUUAAGCAUAUCAAUUGAUGGAUCAUGUAAAGGGGGUAUUUCUGGAGCUGCUGAUGAGAAAAUUGAGAUCUUCACAUUGGAUCAUUCAAUGGGUACUUGUGUAAUCAAGAAAGAAAUUAUGUUGGAGCGACCAGGCAUAGCUGGAGCCUCAAUACGUCCAGAUGGCAAAAUUGCUGCAACUGCUGGCUGGGAUCACCGACUUCGGAUAUACAAUUACCGUAAAGGAAAUGCAUUGGCUAUACUGAAAUAUCAUCAUGCCUUGUGCACGGCUGUUGCAUUCUCUGAUGACAGCAAACUAAUGGCCUCUUCGUCGGAAGACACAACUGUAGCAUUGUGGGAACUUUACCCUCCAGGAACAUGAUCUCCGACAUAGUUCAAUCAUAGGAAUUCUGCUCAAAAUUUUUGAAAAAAAAUUGAUUAUAAAUUAUCAAGUGAAAGUAGUGCAGUUUCUAUGUCACAAAUGUCAUCAAUUUAUUUGGAAUAAGAUUACUUAUUUUGGGUUUGCAGCCACUAUCUGCCCUAGGUAUUUUGACCUUACUCAGUAAAGGACCAUAAGAAGAUAAAUUAGUCUAAAUUGUCUAUAGUUGACCGAUUCAAACCAAGAGAGUUAGAGAUUUAAACUCAUGACGGUGUUGUUACAAGUUUGUAUCCUUAGCUAUCUUGUUACCCUC